UUUCCAACCUAGAGUUCCAGCAUUUGCCAGAGGUCCAGCAAGCCUGUCCUAGGGAGAAAAGGGAGCAGCAGGUGGCAGAGGACCAGGUCCAAAGAUAAGAAGCCCUCACUUUCCUUCUGCUUCUGCUCCUGCACCAGACCCCAGGCAAGGCAUUUCUGGCCUGGUUUUCUUCAAUUGCAAAGUGGCGGGGCCCACCAAGAGCCCGCAGACGGUAAGACCACUGUGCUGUGAGUGCAAUAAAGGCCGACGAGGAGAAAGGUGAGCACCGCUGACAGCCCUGCCUCCUUCCAGAAGCUGGACUUCUAGCUCAGCCUCCCACUCGUGGGUUUGCCAGGUGCCCCACUCCCCGUGCACAGCAUGGUCGCACAGGACAACACGGACACUGGGGAAGCCAGGCUUGGUGUCCAGCUGGAGCCCUUCCUGCACCAGGUCGGGGGGCACCUGAGCGUAAUGAAGUAUGAUGAGCACACGGUGUGUAAACCCCUCAUCUCCCAGGAGCAGAGAUUCUACGAAGCCCUGCCGCUGGCCUUGAAGCGAUUCACUCCUCAGUACAAAGGCACCAUCACGGUGCACCUCCGGAAAGACAGCCGAGGCCAUCUCAGCCUGGUUGCCAACCCGCUGAAGGAGAAGCGGGGGCCCCUCAAGGUCUCCACGGACUCGGCGGCUGUGGCGAUAUGGCAGACGCUCCAGCAGACCACCAGCGGUGGUGGCAGUGCCCGGCCCCCCACCCAGUGGCAGCACACCCAGCUGGCACACUCGCUCAAGGAGAGCCCGGCCAUAUCGCUCCAGAGGUCUGAGUUCCACCUCAAUGCCCAAGUCUCCUCCCUGGUGGAGGAUGCCAAUGGGAACCAGCCUGAGAGGAUGAGCUUCAACCCGUGGGGCCUGCAGUGCCACCAGGCCCACCUGACCCGCCUGGGCACCGAGUACCCAGAGAACAAGCGGCACUGCUUCCUGUUGCUGGAAAAUGUCGUGUCACAGUACAAGCAUCCCUGCAUCCUGGACCUGAAGAUGGGGACCCGGCAGCACGGGGAUGAUGUGUCCGAGGAGAAGAAGGCCCGCCACGUGAGGAAGUGCGCGCAGAGCACCUCUGCCUGCCUGGGCGUGCGCAUCUGCGGCAUGCAGGUAUAUCAAGUUGAUAAGAAGCACUUUCUCUGCAAAGACAAGUACUAUGGAAGAAAACUCUCAGUUGAGGGCUUCAGACAAGCCCUCUAUCAGUUCCUGCAUGAUGGAACCCGCCUCCGGACAGAGCUCCUGGAGCCCAUCCAGCACCAGCUCCAGGCCCUCCUCUCAGUCAUUAAGAGCCAGAGUUCUUAUCGCUUCUACUCCAGCUCUCUCCUCAUCAUCUACGAUGGGCAGGAACUGCUGGAAAGGACCCCACGUGGCCUGCACCCUCAGGAGGCUCCGCAGACUGCCCACAGCAGCUCUCCAGUAGGUCUCGCCAAAGUUGACAUCCGGAUGAUUGACUUUGCUCACACCACAUACAAAGGCUCCUGGAAUGAGCAUACCACCUAUGAUGGACCAGAUCUGGGCUAUAUCUUAGGCCUGGAAAACCUCAUCCAGAUCCUGCAGGAUAUUCAAGAGGGAGCAUGAGACUUCUGGGGUCCAUCUGGAUUUUUCCGGAGUACAGAUCUCAAAAGGGACCUCUUGGUAGCUAGGGUAGUUUAUCUACCUCUUAGAUGUCUUUGUAAUAAUUGUAUCUAUGUUCAAAAACCACCUCUAGACAUGGCAGACUCUAUUAACAGCUGCCAAGGAAACCAGCUCUGGAGGUGCUUUCCAUAUAUCCAUAUAUCCAUAUAUCCAUAUAUCCUGGCUUCUCGCGCUAAUGCUGGCCAUUGCAGGCUGGACAGUCAGGGCGAAAUGACACCAUUUUGGAGUACAGUGGAGGGGUGCAGUAUGAGUUAGAGGCCAGCAUUAGAGUGAUAUUCUGUAAUAUUUGCCUGGAGUAAAGGUAUUUAAGGAUGCUUUUUUCUUUUCAUGCUGCAGUCCUUGCAAACUAUGAGGCAAAAGACUUUACUUGAAGAAGACUUGGAGAGAGUUCAUGAGUUUAUGGUUUUUGCUCACAGGGGCUGCCCGCCUCUAGGGCGGACAGAGCUAAUGAAUGUCUCUUCCCUUCCCAAAAGGCAUUCUAGUUGGGACAGGAUGAAGCAGGACAGAUCUGCCCAUCUCACUGGCUUUGUACUCAGGUUCUGCAUAGACAAGGACAAGCCUGACAUAGCAGGGCAAACUGAGACCCCCAGGUUCUCCACUUUUGCCUGCGGAAAGAAGGGUCUCUUUCCAGAUUCCCAAGUACCAACUGGAAGUGAGGAUCCUGCCAGAUUCUCACCUCAAAAUGCCUCCGACCCUGAAAUGCAGCUUCCAGUGGGUGUGGACUGUGCAUAAGGAGGAACCACUGAUGUUAAACUUUCCACCUUCUAUUUAUUUAUUUCGGGGGUGGGGUGGGGAGUCAGAAGAGAGAUGCCUGGAGGACGGAGGAAACCAGGCACAAUGUUUACAAGACUGGGGGACAAGUGUAAAUACGGAACAAAGAGCAAAUAUUAAUUAAUUCCUUCUUCUGCAGUGUGGAAACCUAUUACAAUGCCCUUGAGUCAAGCACUGAGAUCCGUUACCUAAUUAGGGAAAUAAAUUUGUUAAUAAAAUUGCUGAGGUCACCAGUGA